CUCUUUCUUCAUUCGAAUCUGAGGAAUAGAACAAGAGAAAAAAACGCUGCCAGCAUUUGUAUAGAUUGCUGGACCACGUCCUUUGACGCAAGUGAUGAAAGGUCCUACACGCAAAAGGACUGUGUACCAAUCCGGAGGAGAGACAGAAAGAGAGAGAGAGAGAGAGAGAGAGAGUUCUUGAGCUUCACUUUGACUAAAUAUAACGAUUUAUUCUUUCUGCUCAAACGUUUUGUCGUCCUAGUAAUAUUGUGUAAAAAUGUCUACGAGACCUGACGAUCACAGGAGAAAAUGGAACCGAGAGGAAUACGAAAGAAUUGCACUUCAAAGGCUCCAAGAUGAGAUUGCGGAAGAGGAAUUGGGUAUCCCUAAACAACCAGCAGUUAAGAGAGAGCUGCUGAAACAAAGAGAUUAUAAAGUAGACCUUGAAUCUAAAUUGGGAAAAAGUGUAGUUAUCAAUAAAAAUACACCGUCUUCACAAACUGGAGGAUACUAUUGCAAUGUCUGCGACUGCGUUGUUAAAGAUUCCAUCAAUUUUUUGGACCACAUCAAUGGAACAAAACAUCAGCGUAAUCUGGGUAUGUCUAUGAAGAUAGAAAGAUCCACAUUGGAGCAAGUUAAAGCUAGGUUUGCACAGAAUAAAAAAAAGCUUGAAGAGAAAAAGAAAGAUUACGAUUUGGAACAGAGAGUAAAGGAGCUCAAAGAAGAGGAAGAAAAGAUCAAAGAGUACAGAAAGGAAAAGAGAAAGGACAAAAAGAGAAAAAUCGAGGAGCUCACUGAGGACGAUGCCGGUCCGUCCGACGAAAUGAUCGCGAUAAUGGGAUUCUCCGGGUUUGGUUCCAAGAAGAAGUGACAAAUCGCCUCCGUCGAACAUUCGUGAGCAGCUUUUGUUAUUUUUGAGAGACAGUGUCGUUACUCGUGGAGAAAUGCCACGAUCGAUACCGAUCAAAGACGGUUGGAAAUGAAUAAAUGACAAACAAUUUUUCCAGUCUUUGGAACUUAAGAAAGCGAGCCGCAAACGCGUGUGUGUUUAUAGCGUAUGCUCUCGUUUAGCCUCUACUGUUCCUAAGUUUCGUGUCUGAUUCGAGAUAAGAGAACGCCUAUCGAUUACAGAUUUGACCAAUGUGAACGUGACAACUUACGCAAACUUGAGCUCUAUGUUAAUUAGGAUUAUUCGUAGAAAUUGUAGAAUCACAUAAAUAUAUGUAUACAAUGUAAAGAUAAGAUUUACUAUAUUAUCGAUAAAUUAUUGUACAAUUUA